CUCCAGCUUCAUCUCUCUGACUCACCGGCAAAGAUGAGCUACACAGACCGCUACACCUCGUCGUCCUACCGGAAAAUUUUCGGAGAAUCUCCCAGAUUUUCCGUCUCCUCCGCCCGCGUGAGCGGCGCCACCCCUCGUUCCUCCGCCGGGUUCAGGUCUGCGGUCGCGCCGCGCAUCAGUGCGUCGUCGCUGCGUGUGUACAGUCGGGCCGAGCGCGCCUCUUUCUCUCCGGCACCAACCGACUCCCUGAACCUGACACAGACUUCUGUGGUCAACAGUGAGUUCAAAGUCAUUCGAACAAACGAGAAAGAGCAACUUCAGGGCUUGAAUGACCGCUUUGCCAUGUUCAUUGAUAAAGUCCGACACCUGGAGCAGCAGAACAAAGCUCUGGAGACGGAGCUGGCGACGCUGCGGCAGAAGCACGGUGAACCGUCACGCGUCGCACGUCUCUACCAGCAGGAGAUGCAGGAUCUAAGGGUGCAGCUGGAGGAGCUGAGCAAAGAGAAGAACCACAUCCUGAUUGAGAGGGACAACUUGGAAGAUGAGCUUCAGAAGCUCACUGUGAAGUACGACGAGGAGGCGAGGGCCAGGGAAGAAGCUGAACAGACAAUGAAGUCAUUCCGGAAGGAUGUGGAUGACGCCGCGGUGAUUCGCCUGGACCUGGAGCGCCGGGUGGCAUCGCUGACGGAUGAAAUCUAUUUCCUGAAGAACGUGCACGAUGAGGAAGUCCAGGAGCUGACCAGCAUGAUGGAGGCUUCAAAGGUCUCUGUGGAGGUUGAGCUCUCCAAACCGGACCUCACCUCAGCACUGAAAGAGAUCCGCAACCAGUACGAGUCUGUCGCAUCCAAGAACCUGCAGUCGGCAGAGGAGUGGUACAAGAGCAAAUUUGCCAGCCUGAGUGAACAGGCCACCAGGAGCAACGAGGCGAUGCGAGCCAGCAGAGAGGAGAUCAGUGAGUUCAGAAGGCAACUGCAGUCCAAAACCAUCGAGAUGGAGACCCUGAGAAGCACCAACGAGUCUCUGGAGAGACAGAUCUCAGAGAUGGAAGAGACGCACAACGCUGACAUCACAGCCAUGCAGGACACUAUUGGGCACCUUGAUAGUGAACUGAGGAACCUGAAGGGUGAGAUGGCUCAACAUCUGAGGGAGUACCAGGACCUACUCAACGUCAAGAUGGCUCUGGACAUCGAGAUCGCUGCCUACAGGAAACUGUUGGAAGGAGAGGAGACUCACUUUAAUUCUGGGGUUUCGUUUGGAGCAGCCAGCUACAGUUACCAGCCACAGAUCACAGUGAGCUCCUCCAAGAGCAGCCAGAGGGAGGAGGGUGUUCGGAAGGAAAACUUUAAGAUCACUGAGGACAAACUGAACAAGAAGGAUGAGGCAGACGUAAACUCCAACAACUGAAGAGUCAUCAAUGAGACAUACCAGGACAGAAACCGCCAGUUCAAGUCAUUACUUUCAAUACAGAAUAGGUCUAAAACAUUAACAAAGGCAAAGUGUUUGAGGUCUUUUUAGCUUUCAAUAGGACAGUUUAGUUGUUUGGAUUCAGCAUUUUCUUUCACUAUACUUAGUCAUACGUUUAAUUCUUGAACUUAUUCAGAUCACCUUUGUUCUCUAAAAUGGCAAAUUUUCUCACAAAGAUUUUUACGUAUUACCACAAAUGUGAAAUAGUAAACAAGAUGGUAACCUGAAAACCCAAAUAAAUGGUACUUUCUCAAAGAAAACUAAAGCAUUCGCACAAUGCAU